GAGAUGCAUGGUUUGAUAACACACAUACACACACGCUCUCUCUCACACACACACACACACACACACACACACGCACUCGCUUUGGAUUGUAAAAUAGCAGGGAUAGCCUACUGUAGAAGCUGUUGCCGCAGCUUGGCGAAUGAGGCGGAACUGGAACGGAAGCCAGGAAGUUACUUUUAUCGACUGUUCAUCGUGGUGCGUAAAAUGAAAGUGGUGCGUAAAUGUCUGCGCGGUAGAUGAUAUCCACAUGUAUUUAUUUUUUAAACUGAAAAAAAAAGUUAGCUGACUGGAACUCGCUGUGAACUAGUAUUAAAAGAGUCUACCUUUGGCUCGGAUCCUGUUGGAUGUCGCCCCGGGUCUGCGCUCCUGCUGUUGAUCUGAUUUGAGCCAUGGCUUACUCUCAGCUGGGAUACUCUUACUCGACCACGCCGCAGUUUCUGAUGACCUCCAGCUCUCUGGCCGGUUGUUUGGAGCCGGGAACUCCUCCGUCACACCCGGUGCUGUGCUCCCCGGGCCACCAGCUCACCUCUGGCCCCGGCAUUGGAGUCUACAGCGGAACUUACCCAAAGAGCCAGGGCUACUACAACCCCUGCACCAGCGACGCCACGGCUCUCUAUUCCAGAGGGCCAUUAGAUCCCAAAGACGGAGCUGCCACUGUGGGGACAUCUCAGACUCCUGCCUACUAUCCCUAUGAAUAUACAAUUGGACAAUAUCCAUAUGACAGAUAUGGGUAUUCCUGCUCUGAUGGCGCAUCCCGCCGUAAAAAUGCCACCCGAGAGACCACCAGCACGCUGAAGGCUUGGCUGCAGGAGCACCAGAAGAACCCCUACCCCACAAAGGGAGAGAAGAUAAUGCUUGCUAUCAUCACCAGGAUGACCCUUACACAGGUGUCUACGUGGUUUGCCAAUGCACGCAGGAGGCUGAAGAAGGAGAACAAGGUGACGUGGUCACCGCGGGCUUGUAAAAGCUCUGACGAUCGGGGCUGUGAUGAUGACAGUGACGAAGCUGAGAAGCCACUCAAACAUGACAAAGACCUUCCUGAUCAACAGUGUGCAGACCUGCAGAGUGACCUGGAGGACUUUGACCUGCUGGAGUCAGACGGUUCUGACUGUGAACCGAAGCCCCAGUUUCUACCUGAGGACAGUGAUGCAAAGCCAAACACAGACCUCCCACCCAGGCAUCGCACACACGACCCAGACCCACUGCACGGAAAAGAGAGAUUGUCUCCAGACUGCCCCAAACUCACACCGGUCCAUCGACAAAACAACCCCUUCUAUGCUAAUCCAGACCUCCGGAGUACAGACGCUAAGCCGAAAAUCUGGUCCAUCGCUCGCACUGCUGCGUCUUUGAACGGCAGCUUGCAGCCAGAGUACCCUCCCUGCAUGCUGUCGUCGACCGGAUCCUCCUCUCCGGGGUAUCCAUCCAAUAUGGCGCUAACCAAGGCAGACAGGGAACAGGAGUCACCAGUCGCCACGCUCAGAGAAUGGGUUGACGGAGUUUUCCAUGGUCCUCCUUUCCAACAGCUCAGACCAGUUGAGGCGUGGAAAGGCUUGAAUGAUGCCAUGAUAGACAGCAGAACACCCGGACAGUCCUUUUGAAUUUAUUAGGUCUACGUCAUCUUUGUAGGCCAACCAACACAUCGUCAACGGAAUAUUUCAAAGACUGUUGGACUUGGGAAAAAAAAACUCUGUAUUUUGUUGUUGUGACUUGACCAAUUGACCGUUCGCUAAGCACCACCGCCCUUAGUUACUACAUGUCUGUCAAGAUUUCCAUUCUCGCACGGCACACGCAGUUUGGCAAUGAUAACGGUGGCACUUCAAAUCUUUAGUCAUUUUUGAAACAAUGGGUCCUGGAAUUCCAGACGGAGAUAGAACAAAGGCAGGCUUCUCAUUUCUUGCGAACAAGCAUCGCUUUUGCCGUGUGAAAUGAGUGUUGUGGCAGAUUUUAUUAUCUCUAGCUAGCUUGCUGAUUAAGCUAAUUAAACGUUAGCUCCGUGAGUAGGUCUACAUUAUAAAACCUGACUUUGGCUGAUUAUUAAAUGUUUACAGCUGAAUCUUGUAAAAGGGGUGGUAAAUACGCACACGUAUAUGUGAUAUUGCGCUAUAAGACAGGCAGACAUGUCCCUGGGGAAAAAGUCAGCAUCCUUACCAGUUGAUGAUCCACGUAGAAGAAAUGUAGCCUUUUAUGACGAGGACAAACCAACGGACCUAGCAAAUGUAACGCUAUCUCCUUGGCUGGAGUGUAAACUUCCCCAAAUCCUGUAAAGAUCUGCCAACAUUCUAAUAGCCUCCAGGAAUGGUUCCACACAGUGGGAAAAUACUACACAGUGGAUGUGCUAGUCGGGUAACGGAACUUUGUAACCCCACAAAAAAUAUGGUUAACGCUAGUUACUGAUGUGCUCCUUGGCUUUGGAAGUAAUGCUUGGUUACUGUAGGUAGUCAGCUCGUUAGACAGACAUUCUAAUGAUUGCAGCUUACCUUAGAGCAGACAAAUGCAGUUUCAUCUAUUUCUUUAACCUUUGCUCGAAAGUUCGGAAAAAAAACACUAUCUUUCAAACUCUUUGAAAGUAGAGUAUCACACUUACCACGGUCCUAUGUACACCACUUCAACAUGUAGAAAAAUCCAAAGUUUGACAGACCUGGUGGGCCCCAAACGCGGUUGCUAAGCUAUGAUUGUUUAAUUGGUGAUCGGGGUAGGGGUUUUAGCGAACGGUCAAUUCACAAUACAUGAUCCUAUUUUGGCAUUUUGAAAAGCCUCUAAAUCUCUUCCAACUUACAAUCUCUUAUGGGCCCCAUUAAUGGUCAAAUGUCUUCAAGCAAACAGGUGUCACCACACACAGACACACACACACGUUCCUGCGGCAAGGUUGUACGGUUCACUCACAUGAAAAAUAUACAAUAUUGUACACUUGCACUAUAGCCUGCACUUGCACUGAGUCACAAAAAUAAAAGGUGUAUUCCGUG